AUUUCUUCUUAUAAGAAAGCUUCUUAUGAUAUAUGAAGAACAAGAAGAAACUCAACUACCACUAGUGGAUAGAAAAAAAUGUUUUGCUUUUGAUACUCCAAUUAAUUUAAAUGGUAAUGAUUUAAUAACAUGUAUGAUAGUCUCAGAAAAUGGUGCCAAAACCAGGAGAUACCUUUCAAUAAUAAACAAUCAAUUAGUCCUUGUUGAACCACAUAGCCGUUUCUUAGGUUGGGGUGUUUGUAAACUUUCAUGUUAUCUUCAAGAUACUGAAGUUACUAAAAUUGAUAACGAAACUAAAACCCUUCACAUUACUAUGCAUGGAUCUAAAUAUAAAAUAACUCAAACAACAAAAUUAAUGUUUGAUGAUCAUAUUCGUUGCAAUGCUGCCAGACAAAAAUUAUUAAAUGGCCGUGUAAAAGCUAGACGAAAACAACUUGCUCAAAUAGCAAAUUUACUGGAAAUGAGUAAUUGCGAAACAAGUUAUGCAACUGGAAAUCCUGCCCAAAAACAAAGUAAAUAUUGAUUUUUAGUUUACGAUUCAGAAACUUAAAAUAUAUUAAGUCUAUCAUACAAUAUAACCCAAACUGCUACCUAUUGUAUGAUAAAUGUACUAUGUCAGAAACCUUUGAGGGAGUG